GGCAGAUAACGUUAAAUUCCUUGGAAGCUACCUAGGUCAGCUAGGUAUAUCUCGUGAGGUUCUAGAUUUUAGUCUAGAAUUUACCUGGGUAGAUCCUCUCGUUAUCAUCGAACAAUCUUUGCUGUUUCUAACAAUUUCAUUUUUUCACUCUCAUGCACCGUUCUUCAAUUCAAUCCUACUAUACCGUACAUCAUAUGCAAGCCGUAUAGUGCUUUGGCUUCUUGUCGCGGUCUAUAUUGGCUGUUGUAUGACAAUCGUAGUCCGACUCAGUCACUCGCUAACAGUCAACCGCCAUAAGACAUACGACCGGAACCUUGGUGGCUACCGCUGCUUUAUUCGAAUAAACGCGCAUCACAACCAGCUCUCGAUGUAUAUAUCCAGCGUAGAAAGCUAACGGACGCUCGGCCAUCGAUAUGGCGGCUUCAUCUUUUGGCUUUUCCUCUUGGAGGGGAAGAUCCUCUUCUAUUACUUCUCAGUCAGAAAUAACGGAUGUACAUGAGCAAACACUCAACCCAAACCAAGCUUCGCAGUUAACGAUAACCGAUACUCGACCGCUCUCAUCCUCUCUAAACUCUUAUAAUUAUAGGGAGCCCACCAGGUCGUUUGUUCCAGGCUCGGUUAGAGACCAUCUUUCGCCCGUAGAUAGUGCUGGUUUUGCUCGAAGUGUCCGUGAGGACACGGCCGAACUCGCUUCAUAUGUUCUAUCAGACAAGAAAGAUAGGUUGAGCACGUCAUUCCUACAUCGAAUAUCGUCUACUUCGUCCCACCAAAGCCUCGACCAGCAUGAAUCCCCGGACUCGCAAAUGCCAGAUGCAGGCACUAUAGAUGAGCUUCCUGAACCACCUUCACCAGAAUUUAGGACAGAGGACGAACCCGACUCAGGACCCUCAGCGCUCACAACUAUGCUUCGACGCUCUCCUCCCCAAUCUCCAUGCGAUCCGAACGUUGGAAGUAAUGUAACUCCAUAUAAUGGACAAUUAUCGUCGACGAGUCUAUCCCAAUCUAGCCCAAGCAAUGGGGUGUCGGAGAGUACUCCGCUACUUAGGGCGUUGCCAUGUAGGCCCGAUUCUCCAGGCAGUACUACUGAGGUUGACGACAUAGAAAGUCAAAAACCGAAGAUAGGACCCUGGAGGUCAUCGUCAGGGAUAUUUGGUAGUGGUAUUCAAGGCAAGCUUCGUUCCAUCAGGGGCAUUGCCAACCCAAAGACUUGGGAUAAGAAAGUCAUCUUCCAGAGUGUUGUGAUGGAUCCGAUACACUGUUUGCCAGCUGUUAUUGUUGGGCUUCUACUAAACAUACUUGAUGCCCUGUCUUAUGGAAUGAUUCUAUUUCCAUUAGGCAAUCCGGUCUUCUCAAGUCUCGGACCGGCAGGAAUAUCUAUAUUCUAUGUUAGCACAAUUGUUUCGCAGCUGACCUUCUCAACUGGUAGUCUAUUCCGUGGCGGCAUUGGGUCGGAAUUAAUCGAAGUCGUCCCCUUCUUUCAUAAUAUGGCGACCACAAUAACAGCGACGGUAGGCGAGGAUAAGCCCGACGCGGUCAUCGCUACCACGAUAACUUCUUUUGCUAUUAGCUCUAUGCUGACUGGCGUUGUCUUCUAUCUCAUGGGAAAGUUCAGAUUAGGUUAUGUUGUUGGUUUUAUCCCUCGCCAUAUUUUAAUUGGAUGUAUUGGCGGCGUCGGUUGGUUCCUUGUCGCGACGGGCUUCGAGGUGUCGGCACGCCUAGAGGAAUUCAAUUACGAUCUCGACACUGGCCGAAGAUUGAUUCAAUCGGAUACUCUCCCAUUAUGGCUUAUCCCUCUUGCUUUGGCUAUAAUCCUUUUCAGUCUCCAGAGGAAGAUCACCUCGAAGUAUUUCUUGCCUAUCUACAUUCUAUGUGUGCCAAUAUUCUUCUAUUUCUUCGUAUUUUCGAUAGAUAGUCUGGACCCCGAGAAUCUAAGGCAAGCUGGAUGGAUAUUCCAAGCACCCGAAGCUGGAGAACCAUGGUGGUACUUUUGGACACUCUAUAAGUUCAAUCUAGUUCAUUGGGGAGCGGUUCUCGAGACCUCGGGGGCUAUGUUUGCUUUAACUUUCUUCAGCGUGCUUCAUGUUCCUAUCAAUGUCCCUGCCUUGGCUCAAAUUUCCGGAGAAGAUCAUCUUGAUCUAGAUCAUGAGUUGAAACUACACGGUUACUCCAACUUCCUCUCUGGAUGUGUUGGUAGCAUCCAAAACUAUUUGGUUUUUGCAAAUACCUUGUUAUUUAUGAGGUCAGGUGGCGAUAGCCGUCUGGCGGGUUUCAUGUUAGCAGGACUCACGUUCGGCGUCAUGACGAUAGGUCCUGUUAUUAUUGGUUAUAUCCCCGUUAUGGUUGUCGGCACUUUGAUUUUUGUUCUUGGAUUUGAGCUGUUGAUGGACGCUCUUAUAUCACCAAGGCGUAAACUUAAACUAUUGGAAUAUUUAACGAUCGUGGUUAUAGUUCUUACCAUGGGAAUCUAUGACUUUGUUGUUGGUAUCUUCGUUGGUAUAAUUCUUGCAUUUGUUUCUGCCAUUCUUCACGCAUCUCAAGUCUCGGCUAUUCGAGCAACAUAUACAGGAGACCAAGUUGGCUCCAUGGUUAGGCGGAAUCCGUCGCAGCAUCAUUACCUCCAUGAAGUUGGUAGCCAGACAUACGUCAUCAAAUUAUCUGGUUUCCUGUUCUUUGGCACCAUUGUUGGUGUCGAAGAGAAGAUUCGAAGCUUGAUAUCUGAUAAUGUUUUCACGGAGCAUCCGAUCAAAUUUGUGAUCGUUGACUUAUGGCAUGUCACGGGCAUCGAUUACUCGGCAGCUGAAGGAUUUAAGACUAUCAAUCGCCUGCUUUAUGGAAAAGGAGUUCAUCUUCUCGUUAGCGGGAAGGAUGCGGAAAGUAAACUUGGCCGGGAUCUGAGGGCUGUUGGAUUGGGAUCUGACGGGCCUGAAGUCAUGUUUAUGCCUGAUCUGAAUUCAGCCCUGGAAAGCUGUGAGAAUGAGCAGCUGAAGACAUUCUAUGCUCGCCAGGAAGCUUUGAGGAUCUCUCGACCAGCACCUUCCAACAACCUUGAUGUACCUAACAAGGGUCAAUUUGGCCAGCCGUUUGAUAUCCUAUCUCAAUCUCCAAGGAGAGAUCAUCUCGACCGAGCGGCAAGAAACGUGCUGAACCAGCAAGAAAUGAGACGAUCGACGAGAUGGCAAAACAUCAGCGAACCCCUACGACUGAUGCUUCAGGUCUUCUAUGAUCUGAGUGAUAAGAACGAGGAUUUCUGGUUCCGCGCAAAACCAUACUUCGUCCGGAAGGAGUAUUCUGCUGGUACUGUGAUAUACCAACGCGGCGAAACCGCCAAUGGCUUCUAUCUCUUGGAGAGAGGUGAGCUGAGGGCUGAUUAUGAGACGCCUCAAGGCCGCUUAUCCGAGCCAAUUGUCCAAGGCACGACGUGCGGCGAGCUGCCGUUCUUUUCGGAGACGAACCGGACAGCGACUGUGGUUGCUGUUAAAGACUGUGUUGUUUGGGUCAUGGAUACGGAAAAAUGGGAGAAACUCCAGAGCGAGGAGAGCGAAGUCGCUCAGGAACUAUUGAGGAUUUCACUGAAGCUUACUAGCGAACGAAUGGAUGCCAUGACGAAGUAUAUUUCCGCGGUGGGUAAUUAGAAAGGGUAAUGACGCAGGAAGAGUAGAGAAAAUAUGUUUAUACGUAAAUAAUCACGAAG